CAACGAGCACUGCUGCCAAUGUUUACUUCUCCGGCAUGUCUUCACCAGCCGCGGAAAAGUAAUGUUUUGGUUCAUUGAGGAUAAUUGUAUGACAUGCAGAUCGAAAAGCCACCAUGUUUGUACGGCUUAUAUUGAAAUCUGUGCACGGAUAAUGCACUAGCUAACCGCAGCUAGAACAGUUGAACAGCUUCCUCUCUCGGGCAACGAGCUGUUGUCGACAAUUGCAGAUCGUCUCCGGCUCCAUGAUGGCGAUGUUUCGGAGCUUUGUCUCGGCGAGCACCCAGCUCCGGCAGCAGCAGCAGCCCAACAGCGGCUCAAGCUCGCUGGCAGCCCAGGCUGAGGGCAUCGAGAGCCAGUUCUCUUGUCCCAUCUGCCUGGAGGUCUACCACAAACCCGUCAGCAUCGCCAGCUGUGCCCACACGUUCUGUGGGGAGUGUCUGCAGCCAUGUCUUCAGGUGACCUCGCCCCUCUGCCCUCUCUGUCGUGUGCCCUUUGACCCUAAGAAAGUAGAGCGCUCGUCCAGUGUGGAGAAGCAGCUGGCAUCAUACAAAGCACCCUGCAGGGGCUGUAGCAAGAAGGUGGCUCUGGUAAAGAUGAGGUCCCACAUUGCUUCCUGUUCUAAAGUGCAGGAGCAAAUAGCCAACUGUCCCAAGUUUGUCCCUGUGGUACCCACUUCUCAACCUAUACCAAGCAAUAUUCCGAACCGGUCAACUUUUGUGUGUCCGUUCUGUGGGGCCAGAAACCUGGACCAGCAGGAACUGGUGAAGCACUGUAUGGACAACCACCGUAAUGACCCUAAUAAAGUGGUGUGUCCGGUGUGUUCAGCCAUGCCAUGGGGAGACCCCAGCUAUAAGAGCUCCAACUUCCUCCAGCACCUCCUCCACAGACACAAGUUCUCGUAUGACACCUUUGUUGACUACAGCAUUGAUGAAGAGGCAGCACUGCAGGCAGCUCUGGCACUGUCACUGGCUGAAAACUGACAACAGUCUCACCACCACCAUCCUUUCACAGCACCGACUCCACCAUUACUGCACUGCUGCUGUUCCUCCAUGGCUCAGAAGGUAUUAUCCAGCUAACAGACACACCUGACGCAGCCAGAUUCACACAGUCUCUCACUUCGUUUUCACGCCAGCAGUGUUUCUCCAGGUGUAGCGGUACAGCCGGUGUGCUGUGCUACGAAGCAAAAGCAGUUCGGAGGUAUCUUCUCUGCUUCAUUUCAGUUUGAUAACAAAGCGUCCUGCCGAUUUGGAAUGGAUCCAGUGACCUUCAAGAUAAACUACAUUAAAAACCCAUCACACACUGACUUUAAAAACCCCAACCUGCAGCUUGGAAACAGUCUAUCCACUGACAGCUUCAGUUCCCCUGACAGCUGCCACCUGGACCACGACAGCAUGAAGGGCUACCUCCAUGGAAAAAUGUCUCGACUGUGAGUUUGAACGUCCCGAAGCCCACUGACUCUAAAGCCCUCAUCAUGGUUCAGGUGUCUGACCACUAGCCACUUGCUAGGACGUUCCUGACUGCUGCCACUCAGUGUGAGUGACUUGUUCAAUGGUCAGUCUGAGAAAUGACGAGCAGGGACUUUUUAUUUUGCAAAGGUAAGCAGACAAAGUUCAAAUAUAAAUCACCAUGAAUCAACAGCUCUUCAAUUCAUCAAUAUAUUUUAUUGCACUUACAGACAAAACAAAAUCAUAUUAGAACAUCAGCACCGGCAGGCCUGUCGACAGGUUGCUCAGUUCUGUAGAAGAUAAACAGGCUUUCAGCAGAUUUGUUGACUGAGCUGCUCGUAGUGUGGCUACAUGCUAACGCCUGCACUGGUGCUAUCCAUGACAUCUUCUAAUAGUCAUGGUCAGGAGGUUGGAGGUAGUGAUCCCCCAUAGGUGGCACCACAACAUCACGCAUGGAGAGGCUAAUAUUCCAUGAUUUCAAAAGAAAUGUCUCCGCUCCUACCAUUAUCUGGCCUGAGAGUUUCACUGCAGUAACCUGGUGGUCCACGCUGCUACGCUCAGUUUGUCAGUCCUGAUGAGGGUGUGUGAGGAAUAUUCUGCCUGCGCUGUUGAAAGGUUGACGUUGCACGUGUGACAGACAAACGUGCAGACUGACAGUUGUCCCUGUAAUAUUAUAUUGAGAAAAAUAUCAUAAAUACAUCACAGUGUUGAGUAGCUGCAACAGAACAUACGUUACUUUAUGAUAAAUUGAGAUGUGAAUAUAAUACCGACAGAUCAUAGGAGUGUCUUAACAUAUAAUGAUAAAAACAGCCAUGUUAAUAUAAAGUAAGCUCAAGUUACUAAACCUUACCAUAUAUGUUCUUUGUAUGAAUGGGAAUAUAUUAUACAGCGAUAUUCCUGAGCUGGAGUUUUUAUAUUUUUAUUGAUUUCAUCUUAUUCUACUUUAUUGUUAUUUUCUAUGCACACAAAAAUGGAAUUUGUUAAAUAAACGACUUAACAAGCGAAAUACAGAUUUUUAAGAUGGACUGAAAUCAUUCCUCUCAGAUUUCUGUCUGCAGCUGGAGGAAUAUAUUGGUUUGUGUGGAAGCUGACGGAAUCAGGGGUGAAAUGUUUCUUUUGGUUCAGUCCUGUCACUGCCAGCAUGCACACACUGCUGUACCACAGCUCUGUGGAACUGAAGGCCUCUGUCUGUCCCGCUCUGCCUCAGCUGUGUUUCUCACCAUUUCUUCUGUCCCUCUCCAAAAUAACCUACUUAUACGUUUGCUGCUGCAUUAAAAAACAACAGAAGACCAAAUAAAUUACAAAAAGCAUCAGCGUAAUAUCUCCAUAAUCAUUUAGGGGAGACUUAAGCAUCUUUUAUAUUUCCUGCAUCCGAAUGAUGAAGCGUACGUUUUGCCCCUGUUACGUGGUCAGUGUGAACUGUCUGCCCAAACAAACACCCAAACAGAGCCAAAUCCACUCUCCAUGUUUGUCUGGCCAAUUAGCCUGUCCUAACCUCUGACCAGUGAUGUGUGUAGUCCUUACUCCCGCCCAAACAUACACCCACCACAAACAUGCAGGCCCUGCUUUCCUUGGCUCAUUUUUGUCUCAGUGCUGGAGGCUCUUUCACAAACUGUAGACAUGAAAGCUUAUAAAGAGUGUAGAGUGCUGUGGCACAGUGGUGGUGUGACAGGUCAGGCACUGAGAAAUCACGGUGAGUCUUGACGUGGGAUGCUAAUGGCAGGUUGUCAGACUUGGCAAUAUAUCAUCUCCAACGGGAGCAUCUUUGUUAGAAUUAUGAGAUUUUCCAUUACUGUUGUGAAAGAUUAAAUUCAACAUUCACUGCACUUCUGUCGUGUCUUCGUCAGUGGACUGCAGCAGUUGGCAGCGGGAGCCAUUAACCAGAUUCCAGACCAGCUGGACUCACUGGUAGAGUGACCCCAAGAGCCAAAUAUGGAAGUGUUGAAGUUAGCAGAGCUGUCAGAGACAGCCAGCCUGCUGACAUCCAGACCUGUGGGAAAGCUGAGUCUGUAUCCUGUUCACCGUGAUGUUGAACUAGUUUUAUAUGUUUAGAUGGUGGAUUGGUGUUACAGUCAUAAUUCUGACAUGGCAACACCUAAAGGAAGCUUCACAGAGUUACUGUCCAUCCCAGCUUCACUGAAGACAUCAGCAGAAACCUAGAGAGACAACAGACUUCAAAGCUUCAUGUGUAGCUUGAACAUACCAAACUGCAGCCAUGAAGGAAGGAUCAUUUGUCCUGAAUGCCAAUAAUACCACGAUGAACUCCAUGAUAUGUUAACAUUUACAAUACCAGACAUUAGCACCUCAUCCACUAUCACCCCUAAAAGUAAAGUUACACAGUUCCUAUUUUUUAUGCAUCUGAAUAUUUGCACUUACCAACAUUUUGUGAUCUGUGGAUAUUAUUGGGAAGGAAAUCAGAAAGGAUGGCAGUGCUGGACUGAGGUCUGACCUCUGUUUGACUGUUAUCUGCUUCUUCAGCUCUUGCUACAAGGAAUAUUUUUAUGAUCCAUCUGCCAAGAUAGAUGAGAAUAAAAAGAUAUAUUUUUGGAAAAUGUCUCUGUUUCAAACCACUGGACUAAUAUCAGGCAUGGGUCAGACAGUGUCUGCACCCUUUCGGGGACAGUGACAUCAAACUUGAAUUGCUGAAUCCCACACGUGCACACAUGCAAGAAACUUGUGCAGGACUAGAGGGAAUGGGACUGGUUUAACGCAGGUGUGUUCUAUAGUUUAACCAAUAGAUGGUGGUCCUUCUCCAGACAUGCAGAGCCAUACAAACAGACACUUGGAGAUCAUGCUUUCGAUGGAGAUGCGUGGGUAAUGUUUCCACGGUGGAUGCAUUCAUCAUUUGCACUUUAAUUCACUCAGUUUUCUAAUGAUUCUAUUUGUAUAAGCUUAACAACUGUUUAAUGAUUUUGCUAUUAAAUUUCUUUGUGUUUUGUUAAAGUUUACAAAGAUCUUGUAAAUUGUUAAAGGUGUCAGGGGUCAGAAGUUAUUUGAUAGAAAUGUACCAUUAGUUUUGUUUAUGUGACAAAACAUUCAAAUGUGUUGACUUAGUACUUAUUUUAAAUGGGCAGCAUGUGCCAUUUUUUUCUUCCAAUAAUGUUUCUGUGGUCAAAAGAACUGAAUUGACUGGAAAUCUUCUUUAUGCAACACCAGAGCUGCACCCACAGUAAAGCAGGUCAUGUGAAAAGGAGGAAUCUGCAGAGGAGAAUUAAGUCCAUGUCAUUGUGUGAAUAAUGGUGAAGGUGGGAAAGAUUAACAUUUUUUGGACUUGUGAGCAUUGCGGCUGAUGAGUCAAUGCAGCUGUAUGUAUGAACAGUAUUGAAAAUGAUUGGGAAGUGCAGAAAAACAAAGAACUAAUACAACCCUGUUUCGCUGUGUAAAAUAUAGCUAAAAGCAGAAUGCGGUCACGACUGAGCCUUUCACAGCCAAUCAUGAUGCUAUCACCUGUUACCAAUCAACCUGUUCACUGUGGAAUGAUCCAAACAGGUGUUUUUGGAGCCUUUAACAACUUUCCCAGUCUUUAGUUGCUCCUGUCCCAACUUGUUUGAAACACAUUGCUGACAUCAAAUUCAGAAUAAGCAGAUAUUUACAACAGUCAACAAAGUUGAUGAGGUGAGACAUGAACUGUUUUUCAAUUGAGUCAAUGUCAAAAAAAGAUUAACAAAUAAUGUCCAUGUGUUUUACACAGUGGCCCAACUUUUUGUCCCAAAAAAUUAAUCUCUCAACUAAAAUAUUUUUUGUCAUGUCAGUAUUACUCUUUCGUAAGUUGCAUAUGUUGCUCAAAAUAUAACAAUGGAAAUAAAUGAAAGCUAUUUUAUAUAUUUGAGUAGACUUCAGCCCCCUUGCCGCAUAAAAACACAAUUAUUUCUGUUUUUUAAAAUUUGUGUUGGAGUGGAAACCUCACCUUCUUACCUUGAUUCUUACUUUGUUACAGUUUGUGUGCUCCAUGUUUUUCUGCUUCUUUCUGAGCUCUUCAAUUGAGCUCCUUUUCCCAAGAAAUGUAAAUAAUCUGUGUUCAAUCCUUGUUUUUCUGAAACUCUUGCGGCUCAUCACUGAUGAUCUUUAAAGCCAGCCAUACAGAUACAGUAGCUCUACAUUCACACACACACAGGAAGUGUGUUACACUGUAGACUAGACGUUGUAAAUAACAACCACCUUCUUAAACACAUUUGAUGCAAAUAUGGAGGUGCAUGAAAACUGUGAGGCUUGAAAGGGUUCAAGGAUUGGUUCAGAUUUUUUCUUAAUGUGCAUUGAAAGAGUUACCUGUCACUGGAAUCAUUCUUCCUCUCCAUACUGGCCUAGUAUCAUUCCUCUGCACAGCAAACAUACAAGACGAGUUAAAGCUAAUAUGAGCAAUGUGAGUUAGCCAAAUCAAGUGGCCCUAAAGAGGCGAUAUGAAACCUGAACGUCUGGGUUCUGUUCCAGAAGUCAUCAUUCAAAAGCCCAGUGGUAACUACACUAAUAACUACACAUCCAGCCAUCUCAACAGUAUGGUGCCUGGCACACUUCAUGUGUUUAUGGCUCACUUCAUGUGUUUAUCAUGUGUUUAUCAUCAGUUUUUGAAAAACGAUCCACUAUCGUUGUUUGUUAAAUGUUUAUAUUUUUAGCAGCCUUUAAUAAACAUCUUUUUCCAAGAGGAGGAGGACUGAUUGAAGUGACCAUGAACUCUUUCAAUGUUUGACGUGAGUGUCCUUUAAAUGUGGUGACAUACACGCUGAUCAUUUAGCUUGCUACAUGCUAAUGCUACUUUAUAGUAGCACAACGAAUAAUGUGUUUACAUUAACAAAACCCUUGUUGCCCGAUAGUUGAAGCCCUCCAGUCUCACUAGUACAACUGUAGCCUGCUUGAAGCGGGACAGCAGCUGGUUAACAGGGUGUCAGAGACGGAUCGGACUGAGCUGAGCUGACUGAGGUGGUGUGAUACUGUAAAGCCUACUUUUCAGAGCUACACUGAUUUUCAGUCAGAUAUUUUUACCUUAGCUGUCUAGCGCCGUUAUAAAACCUGAGCUGUCUAAGCUGGUCUUUGACAGCCGGAUCUUUUACACAUGAAAGUCACUUUACUCUCUUGGCAAGUCCCACUCAGCCUGUGAAAACAAUGGUUAACUAUCUUUUAAUGAAUCUGGGGGAGUUUUGCCAAAUCUAGAGAAUAUAACCCUUAUGAUGUUAUACUGGUGUCAUCAGGGUUAUCUCAGCUUUGAUUUGGACAGUUACAAUAGAAAAUUUGUGUGACAAACUGGGGGAGUUUCCUAAUCAUGGAUGAACAAGACUGGUCUAAGGAAGAGAUGCUGUCAAGUUCAGUUGUGGGAAAGGUAGGACGCAGUGUAUUUAGAGUUUGACUCAUACUAAGGACUAUAAAAUAUCAAAUAUGAAAAUACGUCUGCCAGGCUGUUCAUACCUUUUUUAAGCACUGUCUCUCUGAGUCCCCCAACUUUAUGCAAGUGCACUACUACAGUAAUUCUCCAGAGUACCAUUGUGAAACCGAUUCAAAUUGGCCAAAAAGCAAAACACACCAUAACACGACUAAAAAACAGUCAGUCACAGGGAGUUUCUAGUUUUACUUUGAAACUGUGCAAGUGAAAGUGACACUGCCGCCCAAAACCUUUACCCCAAACACAGUUUUGUGCUAAUUCCAAAAAAAUAAAGAUGUAUAUUAUUGUUACACAGAAAUCUGGCGUCACCCUGCCAGAAUAGUCACAAAAGUAGGCAAUUGCUGCUAACUUUAGAGUCUCUAAACGAGUCCAGAUUUAUACAUUCAAAGUCUACCUUCAGUGUGUUUUUUAAUAUGCAUUCUUUCUAAACAAUAAUGUAAUAAGACCAAUAAGAAACGCUGGCGCUGGAGAUGAUGAUGAUGAUAAUGAUGUUGGUGUUUUCCAGUUGUUAUACUGCUUGGGGUUUUAUCAAAACACUACUAGGAUGUUUUGUAGCAUUUUUUUUCUUUUCCCUUCAAAUAAAAUAAAAAACAC